AUGUCGAGUAUAGCUGCAGCUAUGGGGCAGUUGCCGCGCUUCGAUGGGCGCUCACCGGACCCUAAGAGGCUCACGGCUUUGAAGCAGAAACCGGGGCAGACGGUGAUGGAGUUGGCGGACGAAGUGAGGCAACUUGCGGCCUACGUUCCCAACUACCCUACGGCUAUGGCGGUGAGACACUUUAUUGAGGGGCUGGGGGACAAAGGCCUGAGGGAGAGAGUGCUGGGAGGAAGGCCAAUCUCCCUGGAGGCGGCUGAGGAAGCUGCUAAGUACUUUGUGUCCUAUUCGUUACCAAUGGGGAUAGAGCCGGUGGUGGAAGCUGCUAAAGAGAAGGACCUGGUGAAUAAGGAGUCCGAGGUGGAUAAGAUCACCAAGCAGCUGGAGAAGCUGAGUAUCCAGUUAGCCCAGAUGCAGCAGGGAAGGGGAGGCGGCUUACUCCAUAGGCCGGCAGGAGGCAGAUUUAAGUGUUACCAGUGCGGGAAGGAGGGGCAUAUGGCUCGGGACUGCACCCAAAAGGGGCGGGCGGCGCUGAACGUCAUGCAGCAGGUCCUAGAGGGAAAAGCCCCGACUAUAGCGGAAUUUCUUAACGGGGAAGAGGGAAAGCUGGAUAUGCUGGUCGGACCUCGGAAAAGGCAGGCAGUCCGGGACCCGGAAGGAUGGGGAAUAGACGAGGCAAGGGAGGAGUUGAGGAAGAAGCUGGCACAGACGGGUGGGGCUGAGGAAGCAGCUAAGGGAUCCCGGUUCGUACGGAGGCCACGGGUAUCCGCCCUACCCAACUCAUAUAAUGUGGUGGACCGGCUGAAACUCACCCCCGUGAGCGUCAGCGUCUGGAAUUACAUAAGCGACAGUGACAAGGUGAGAAAAGGGUUGUUGGAUGCUCUGAAGCUGGUUGAGGAUAAGGGGAAGGAGGACGGGGCAGCCGCCAUGCAAGGGGUUUCGAUAGUGGCAGCUGCUCCACGGGAGUCUAGGCAUGAGGACCCGAUCCCCAGCAACCUAGUCUUCCAAGUCCCCCAAUGCGAUGUCCACCUAGGCAAGCAUCGUCUGACUGCUAUAGUUGAUUCCGGUGCGUCCCAAACGGCCCUGUCUCACGUCAUCGCUAGGAAGUUAGGGCUGCUACCCUACCUCCAGGACACCACAAUAGAGUAUACCACCUCUAGUGGGGAGACGUCGAAGCCGUGGGGGAUUUUGCCUGACGUGCCGGUGCGGGUGGGGAAGCUGACCCUCCCAAUCGACAUAGCAGUGACCGGGGCGAACACCUAUGACAUGCUGCUAGGACAUGACUGGAUCUAUUCGGCUAAUGCAGAUAUCAUGACCAGCAAAUGGCAGAUAGUGUACCGGGUCAAUACCAAAGAGACAGAUUCGGUCCCUAUCACUACUGGACCCGUGGGCACGGGUAGCCAUCCCUCUUGUGUGUCCCUCCCGCCCCAAACACCCCACAGGAAUGAUACCAAGCCUCCUCAGCAUUGGUCCGGGAUGAAUGAGGAGGAGUUCCAGCGGUGGCUAGAGGAGAAGCAGCUCCUCCUAGCCAAGGAGCAGGGGCGCAUCCGGCUGACGGAGGAGGAGGAGGCGGACUAUUGGGCAUGGGUCCAGGAGGAAGAGGAGUUGGAUCGGGCGGAGCUGGAAGCCCUAGAACUCAAGGAGCAUGAGUUCUAUGAGGAGCUCGGGGCAGACGGGCUCGAUGGCAUACCCGAGUGA